AUGCCGGCUGGCAAAGCUAGAACUUUUGCUGACCUGGUGUCGGCGGUCCCACAGCCUUUGCCGGAGGUUCACCUUCCGAUGAGGCCUCCUAAAAUCAUUGACGGACAGGUCUGCUUCAUGUUCUCCAAAGAAGAAAUGGCAGCUUCGGCGGCUCCCUUCAGGUUCUCCCUGGUUCUGAAAUUUCUUAGACAGAGACCAUCUCUUGACGCCAUAAGGAUGUUUAUACGUAACAGAUGGGGUUUAGGGGGGAAUGCGGUUGUUUCUUCCAUGGGCAAAAAUAAGCAUGUUUUUGUACGACUCACGUCGGAGGAAGACUUUAACAAAGCCUUCUCUCGGGAGACGAGUGAGGUUAACGGAGUUCCUUACAGAGUCUUUCACUGGACGCCGGGCUUCACGGAAGGGGAGGAGUCUCCGAUAGUCCCGGUUUGGGUCAUGCUUCCAGGCUUGCCACCGAACUAUUACCAUGACUCCAUCCUCAAGAUCUUAACGGCACCGCUAGGUAAUUUCAUUCGGUCUGAUAACUCAACCCGCUGCGCGACGAGAACGGAUGGCGCCCGAGUGUGUCUGGAAAUGGAUGCAUCUCGGCAGCAUCUGGACUUUUUCUGGAUAGGUGCACUGGGGUCUGGCUUUAGACAAGAAGUUGUUUUCAAGACCCUGCCGGCUUAUUGUUUACGUUGCAAAAUGCAGGGGCACAACCAAAAAACCUGCAGGAAAGACAAGAGCAAACCAGACCCUACUAUAGUACGUAUUCAGGCAGCAAAGGAAACUAAUGAGGUGUUACCGAAUGUUGUAGAAGGGCCAGUUGACGUGGGAGGCAUUGAAGUAACAGAGCUUGAUGCUGUGGAAGACGUGGGAGAACCCAUUCGGACUGGAGAGGCGAACGUGAAACUGACUCCUCAGAUGGGAGAGCAGCGGGAAGAAUAG